UCGCGUGAACAGGCACGCACAUGCCUAGGGUAUCUGUUCUGGAACCUGUUUUGUUUCUUAUCCCUCAUGCCCGGGACACAUCUGGUACAGAGAGCGCCCUUAUAAAGGUGCUGGAACACUUGUCCAUCUCUGUCCUAAUUACUGCACGAUCACCUGGCAUGUGGGUGCAGCAGACGUCUUUGAAAUUGUCUCCUGCUGAUGGACAUUUAGGAUGUUUCCAGUAUCUCUCUGUUAUGUAUAAACCUGAUGAACUUUGUUGUUCGUGAAUGUUUAGGAAUGCUCUCAUUUCUAUGAGCUCCUGAACGUGGACCUACUAUGUCACAGAGAAAUAGAUUAUAAAGGUUUUUGCUGGACGUAGCCAAAUGCCCCCCAGCAGAGCCAUCCCACUUCGCCAGCAUGGUCUCCUGUACGGGUACCUUUUUUGUGGAAAUCUGAAGCUCUGUGAGUCGGUCUGUCUCACAGGUGUUACAGGCACACACGGGUUUAAACACCAAGCCUGGUUCUGUCUGGGAAGCCGCCAGUGCUUUUGAGAAUGACGGCUCAGCCAGAAAGGUGGUGUGGGAAUCCUGAUGCUAGGUUUUCUUUAAUUAGCGUGGGUGUGGAAUCACGACCCGUGUCCUUUAAUCUGAUCUGGAGAGUGCCCUGGUUGGGUGUGCAGAGCACUUGGAGUGAUUGCCUGGAGAGUCACCAACUCUGCACGAAGGAACCAUGAGCACAGUCAGCGAGGUGGUGCAGCGGGCCAGAGCCGCCUUCAACGCGGGCAAGACGCGCCCGCUCCAGUGCCGCGUCCAGCAGCUGGAGGGGCUGCGGCGCCUGAUCCGCGAGCGCGAGAAGGACCUCGUGGGCGCGCUGGCCGCCGACCUCCGCAAGAACGAAUGGACCGCCUACUACGAGGAGAUCGUGUACGUCCUGGAGGAGAUCGACUACACGAUCAAGAAACUCCCUGAGUGGGCUGCGGACGAGCCCGUGGAGAAGACCCCCCAGACCCAGCAGGAUGAGUCCUACAUCCACUCAGAGCCCCUGGGUGUGGUCCUCAUCAUCGGCGCCUGGAACUACCCCUUCAGCCUCACCAUCCAGCCCAUGGUGGGCGCCAUUGCUGCAGGGAACGCGGUGGUCCUCAAGCCGUCGGAGUUGAGUGAGAACACAGCGAGCCUGCUGGCCACCAUCCUCCCCCAGUACCUGGACAAGGAUCUGUACCCGGUGAUCAGUGGGGGUGUCCCCGAAACCACGGAGGUGCUCAAGGAGCGAUUCGACCACAUCCUGUACACCGGGAGCACCGGGGUGGGCAAGAUCGUCAUGACGGCCGCGGCCAAGCACCUGACCCCCGUCACGCUGGGGCUGGGGGGCAAAAACCCCUGCUACGUGGACAAGGGCUGCGACCUGGACGUUGCCUGCAGACGCAUCGCCUGGGGGAAAUUCAUGAACAGCGGCCAGGUCUGCGCGGCCCCCGAUUACAUCCUGUGUGACCCCUCCAUCCAGAACCAAAUCGUGGAGAAGCUCACAAAGUCCCUGAAAGAGUUCUACGGGGAGGACGCCAAGAAGUCCCGCGACUACGGGAGAAUCAUCAACUCCCUGCACUUCCAGAGGGUGAUGGGCCUGAUGGAGGGCCAGAAGGUCGCCUACGGGGGCACCGGGGACGCGGCCACCCGGUACAUAGCCCCCACCAUCCUCGUGGACGUGGACCCCCAGUCCCCGGUGAUGCAGGCGGAGGUCUUCGGGCCCAUAAUGCCCAUCGUAUGCGUGCACAGCCUGGAGGACGCCAUCCAGUUUAUCAGCCAGCGCGAGAAGCCCCUGGCCCUCUACGUGUUCUCCCUAAACGACAAGGUGAUUAAGAAGAUGAUCGCGGAGACUUCUAGUGGCGGGGUGACGGCCAACGACGUCAUCGUCCACGUCACCGUGCCCUCGCUGCCCUACGGGGGCGUGGGGAGCAGCGGCAUGGGGUCCUACCAUGGCAGGAAAAGCUUCGAGACCUUCUCCCACCGCCGCUCUUGCCUGGUGAGGCCUCUGCUGAACGAGGAGGCCCUCAGAGCCAGAUACCCACCGAGCCCGGCCAAGAUGCCCCGUCACUGAAGCGCCGCCCUGGCCUCGCUGUGCUGCGCCCUUGGACGGCUGCUCCUGGCACCCCUGUUGCUCCGAGGGCAUCCUCGCCUCCCUCGCUAGAGUAGAGACCAAUAAAGCUUCCCAGCAG